AUGGAACUCCUGAAUAGAGGAAACCCUAGGGAAGCACGGGAGGAGGAACAAGCAGAGAACCUGGAAGUGGUGGAGGCCAUCAUGGAAGACGAGGUAAAGAGAGCACUCAAGAUGAAAAACGGGAAAGCGGUGGGUCCCGACAACUUGCCCAUAGAAAACACAAUUGAACACAGGCUGAGGAGACUGGUCAAUAUCAGCAAAGAGCAGUUUGGAUUCAUGGAGGGGAAGUCGACUACGGAUGCCAUUUUUGCCUUGAGACAUGUGCAGGAGAAGUACAGGGAGACCUACAAAGAGCUGCAUGAUGUGUUCAUUGACCUGGAGAAGGCCUACGACAGAAUGCCGCGGGAGGAGCUGUACUGGUGCAUGCGAGAAAAGAACAUCCCAGAGAAGUCCAUUAGCAUAGUUAAAGACAUGUACAAGGAGAGUUAG